AUAGACGCACUGCACUACGGAGCAUCCGCCCAGCCCAUCAGCCCAGCGCCCAGCAGUGCCCAAAGGAAACAGCGCAGCACGGACGCCCCCAGCAGCAGCAGAAAAAAACGGACUGGGUUGGCGAUGGCACAAGAUAAAGGACUCAGUGUCGGUCGUGUCCCAAGUGCAGUCGGUUUACACCGUCUCUGAUUAUAUACCGCGCGCUAUUUCUCUAUUAUAUUCGUUCGUCAUCAGCACAGAGUGUCGAUAUAGUCGUGUCAAAAUUUAUUUUUAUUUUUUCAUUUUAAAAUUUAUUUUUUGGUCGAUUAGUUUUGAUUAUUUUUGCAUUCGAAAUUGAACCCAAAUCGAAUUUUCGGGUGAAAAAGGAAGAGAGAGUGUUCAUUUUCAACCUGUGGGGAAAGAGAAAGAAAAGUGGUGUGCUGGAAAUUCGGUUCGAAAUAUGGAUGUGUGCUGCUGUGUGCGCUGUGUGUGAUGUGUGCUGUGUGUGUGCGAUGUAUUAGGUUUGAUAACCGACAAUCUUUGCAUAGAGUUUGAGCGCUGCUGGGGGCCACGCAGCAGGACAGGACAGGAUCAAUCGCUUCUAUACAUUUGAUGCUGGCGCUCCCGAGAAAUAUAAUAUUAGAUGAUGCUGCUGAGAUGAGUUCGAUCGCUCGCCAGUUGCUGCUGGCUCCAGCUCCGUUUAACGGCGACGAGAUCGCACGAGAUUUCAGUCGACAACUCGUCGCAUCAGCAGCAACAACAACCACCGAUGACUUGAAAGACGCGCCGAGUGCUCCUGCAGCCGUUUAAUAGGCGACCAAUCAAAAUUUCCGACAAAUUUCAUCACAAAAAUCGUUUCAAUUUAAUUUUUUUGUUUUUUAGUUUUUUAUUGGGCGGGGUUUUUUAUUUUGAUUUGAUUCGUGGGCAAUAAUUGGAUAUAAAUAUUAAAAAAGUGAUUUGAUAAUAAAAAUGGAGGCGGUGUCGACGGUGAUGGCGGCGGCGGCUGCGUUGACGGACAGCAGCACGGCGACGUCGGCCGUCGUGCCGGUGACGACGGCGUCCAGCAUCAUCACCAAGCGCUACUCGGCCAAAUUGGCCAGGAUUCAAGGCUACGUCGUGCGGGGCGUGACGGCGGCCAAUAAACCGCCGCCGUCGUCGGCCGACGGCCAGCAGGCCUCCACCAGCAUUAGCGGCUCUUUGGGAUUCAAUACCAAGCGGAGCGCUUUGCGGCUAGUACGGCCCACCGUCGCCGGACGCUCGGCCAUGAUGGGCCGCUCCAGCACGGGCUACUCGUCUCAAAAGACGGCCCAGGACACGUACUACAGCGGCAACAGCCUCAUCAAUUCAUCAACGACGCUGGGCUCCGAUUGGACGUUGGUUCACAGCCGGCCAGAGACGGACGGACGGCCGGCCAGCAAUCGCAACAGCAGCUGGGUUGGCUCCAUCACGGAGCUGAUCAACAGCACAACCACCUGGCGAGAUCCGUACCUGAACAUUAGCACGGCCGGCUGCUCAUUUUUGAACGGAACGGCGUCAGCAGUUGGCGGCCGGAAUUGCCAGGGGGCCGACGACGGAUUGAUGUGGGACAACAACAAUAACAACGGGACGGGCAUCAACGGGACGUCCAUCGACGACGACAUGGAAGCCAAAAACUUUUGGGCUCUCCUGCUCUUCCUGUUCCCACUUUUGACCGUGUUCGGCAACGUUCUGGUCAUCCUGAGCGUCUACCGCGAGAGAGCCCUCCAGACGGCAACCAACUACUUUAUCAUCAGUUUGGCCAUCGCCGAUUUGCUGGUCGCCACUCUGGUCAUGCCGUUCGCCGUUUACGUCACGGUGAACAGCAAGUGGGAUCUGCCGGACGUCGUCUGCGACUUUUACAUCGCCAUGGACGUCACUUGCAGCACGUCGUCCAUUCUCAACUUGGUGGCCAUCAGCAUCGACAGGUACAUCGCCGUGACUCAGCCCCUCAAGUACGCCCGCCACAAGAACCACAAGCGGGUGUGGCUGACCAUCGGACUGGUGUGGGCCAUCUCGGUGGCCAUCGGCCUGCCCAUCGUCCUCGGCUUGAACAACACGGAGCGCCGCAUCCCGACCGACUGCGGCUUCUACAACGCCGAUUUCGUCAUCUACUCGUCGCUCUCCUCCUUCUACAUCCCCUGCAUCAUCAUGAUCUUCCUCUACUACCAAAUCUUCAAGGGAAUUAGAGAGCGGGCGAAGAGGGCGACGGCCAACCGGAAGCCGCAGCACGCCCAUCUGAUGGACAAUUUGGCGCCGCAUACGAAACGACUGGCCGAGACGGCCAUGGGCGGGCCGCCCAUUGCCGGCGGUCAACAGCAGACGGUCCCGCAGACGCAAAGAGUCCACGUGACGACGCCGGCCGGCUCCGGCAUCAGCAACAGCAACGCGACGGACAACAACGCCGGCGGGUCGGCUGGUGGUGCUGGAGCCACGACGGCCCUGGCCGGCUCGCUCCUCUCGCCGCCAGGUGUGACGCUGGCCAAGACGACCCUGCUGGGCCGGGCCGCCUCCAUGACGAUGGGCAGCAAACAACAGAGCCGCCGGCGGAGUCUCUUUGACGACGACAAAGGCACCGAUCAGGGCAGCGGAAGUCAAGACGAGGACGACGACGACAAUGGCGACGAGUGGGCAGAGGACGGCAGCAACAGCGGACUGCCCAGGGACAUUUCCACCGAGUUCAUGCUGGCCGCCAAUAAGCAGAAAGAGGCGGCCAGCCAGCACAACGCCGUCGGGAAUAACAAGGCGGCGCCGGGGUCGUUGGUGUCCAAGACGCUGCUGCUAACGACGACAACAACGACGGUUGCUGCGGCGACGGCGGCCACCAUGAGCGGCCUGAGCAACGGCGACGCGUCCAGCAGCAACUACAACAAUCAACAGCCAGCGGCGUCGACCGGUGCUGGCGUCGACGCCGGCUCACUCGGCCAUUCUCUCAUGACCGACGGCGUCUCCUGCCUCUCCUUGCCAACCAGCCAGCAGCAUCAGCCCAUCUCCAACGCCCAGCACAAUAAGAUCAAGAGCGGGAGUAAUAAAGGCAAAGGAACUCGAAGUGGCGGCGGCGGUGGCAGCAGCUGCGGGGUGGACUCGACGGCCGGGACGCCGCCCAGCGGGAGCGGCAACAACGGCAACGGUGGCAAUGGCAACGGGGCCGACAAGGAGAGCAAGCAAUACCAGACGGCCGGCUCCCGGUUCACCAUCUACAAAGUCAACAAGGCCAGCCGCAAGAAACGCGAGAAAUCAUCGGCCAAAAAAGAGCGCAAAGCCACUAAAACGCUGGCCAUCGUCCUCGGUGUGUUCCUGAUUUGCUGGGUCCCUUUCUUCACGUGCAACAUCUUGGACGCCAUUUGCACCAAGUUCGAGCGCGACUGCCAGCCGGGCGGGACGGCCUUCCAGCUCACCACUUGGCUGGGCUACGUCAACUCGUUCAUCAAUCCCGUCAUUUACACCAUCUUCAAUCUCGAGUUCCGCAAGGCCUUCAAGCGCAUCCUCGUCUGCGCUGAUUGAUUCUCUUGUUAUGUCUGAUGUGAUGUGUGUUUUUGUUGUUGUUUGUUUGUUUUUCAUUUGAUUUGGUUAAAUAAUAAUUUUAUUUUUUUAAAAAUUGGGGGAAUACAUUUUGACCGUGACGUCUAAUAAUAUAGUGAAUAAAUAUUUCAAAUUGUCUCAAAUCAACCAUAAAAAAUCUAUAAAUAUAUAUAUAAUUCUCAUUUUUGGAGAGACGUAUAUUAUAAUUAUACAUAUACUAUUUACAAUAACAUCAUCCUCGACGAUAUAUAUAUAUAUAUUUGUAUAAAUUCAAUCAUUGUUAUUCUUUCGGAAAAAAUAAUUAGAAGACGAAAAAUUGAACACAAUAACAAAAAGAAAUGUUUUUUUUUUCUUUUUUUUCACUGACGAUGAUGUUAUAUAAAACAUGAUUCGAUUGCUGUGAAUUUGUAUUCGUGUGUAUAUUAUCAUAUAUAUAUAGUACCGUGCAUCAUUGCUCAUAUACUUCCGCCACCGGUUCUAUAUAUAUAAUAUGUUAUAUGAUUGUUGUUAAUUGGACAUUUUUUCAAUCUGUCGGGGUUCAUUUAUUUCAAUUUUUGUUGUCUUUGUAAAAAUUCUAAACUUAAAAAACAAAUUUCGACAAUAAUUCAAAUUUAAUGAAUUCGAAUCAUUUGGGUCAUAUUAUGCAAAGGGUCGUGGUCAAACUCUUUGGAUAAUAUAAUAAGGGUAUUAAAAAAUAUUGGCGAAAGGACUACAAAAUUUAAUUUCCAACAAAUUAUCAAUGUAUCAUAAUUAUAAUUGUAUAAUUACAAAAUUCAAAGAAAAACACGAAUUUAUAAAAUCUUCGUUAAUAUCUAUACAUAAUAAUUCUUUCCUCGUCCCACCGUCUAUGCUGUGUAUACCCGUGCGAUAUUCGUUCGUCACGCCCAUUCGUUUAUAUAUAAAAUAAUCAUCACCUCUCUCAUUUUGAUUGUUCAUUUAUACAUCGUGUUUGAUCAAAUUCUGUGUGAGUGUGGACCCCCACCCCCCCAACCCCCCGCAUAAUCCUUCCAACAUUUUAAUAUGAAAUAAAAACACAAAAAAUAAUAUAUAUAUAUAUUUAUAUAUAUUCUUUCUUCCCGUAUUCUGUGGCUCCGUGCAUGAUUCUUAUAUAACAUCUAAUAACAUUACACUAGACCCCCCCCCCACCCCACACAUACCUCGACCGAUUGCUGUUGAGUUGACAAAAAAGAUACAAAAUCUCCUCCUUUAUACCCCGCCCAGACAUUGUAUAGAUUUAUAUAAAUAACACGAAAAUACAAUAUUUAAUGAACGAAGUAAUAUACAUGUAGAU